AUGACUGUCUCCAUUGGACAAGGCACCACCACCAUAUCUGUCUCAUUUGUGCAUUGCGGUCCAGGCCAUGGAAUCAGUGUGGGAAGCCUGGGCAAAUACUCAGAUGAGAAGGAUGUUGAUGGCGUUCAUGUUUCAAACUGUACGAUCAAUGGUACUCAGAACGGUGUGAGAGUAAAAACCUGGCCAGGGGCUCCACAAGGUCAGGGUUCAAAUUUAGUGUUUGAGGACAUAGCCAUGAUUAAUGUCUCAAACCCCAUUAUAGCAGACCAAGAGUACUGCCCUUCCAACACCUACAAGACUAUGAAGCCAUCCCGAGCGAAGCUGGGGGAUAUGAAGUUCAAGAACAUCAGUGGAACAUACAGGUCCAAGUUUGCAGUAAGUUUGCUAUGCAGCUCGGAUGUCCCUUGUGAAAGUGUGCAGGUCGUUGACAUCAGUCUGCAUUCCACAGUAGCAGAAGAAUCUGAAACGUACAACUUUGUUACAAGAGGCGGUAUUGAUGGUUUAUAA